CUGGCGGAUUGUAAAUAGGUUCGGUCGAGAGAAAUACACUCGCACUUCCGCUUGAGGUGUGCUUAGGAGAGAUACCAGUCGCGAUGGCAGAGUCUGAAUGAGCUUCUCACCACUCGCGAGAGCCGCGCGGCAAAAGCGCACGAUGUGAAAACAACAAAAAAACACACCAAAAAAACAAAAAACAAAGUGCUCUCGCGCAACAAGAGGACUGACCUUCCAAUGUUUUGAAGGAAAAACAUGAAGGAGUGAUAGAGGAAGGGUGGAUUCUUUGUAUUUUUCCUUCUGGCUGGCUGAGCAUUUUUAAAAUCAUGCAACAUGAAUGUAACUAACAGCACUGGAGCAGAGGGACUCGCGCCCUGGAACUUUAACGGUUCAUUGAGCAACCCAUCCAGUGAUGCCAACCUCAGCUGUGACAGUGGCAGUGCUAAUGGCUCAUGUGCAGCGGUCGAAGCAGAUGCUGGGAGCCCGUACAAGACGGUGGAAAUGGUCUUCAUUGCAUUGGUCACAGGAUCCCUCAGUUUUGUCACUGUUGUGGGUAACAUCCUUGUCAUGCUCUCGAUCAAGGUCAAUCGGCACCUACAGACCGUCAACAAUUACUUCCUAUUCAGCCUGGCCUGUGCUGAUCUCAUCAUUGGUGCGUUCUCCAUGAACCUUUACACUGUCUACAUCAUCAAGGGCUACUGGCCACUCGGCCCUGUAGUGUGUGACCUGUGGCUAGCACUGGAUUAUGUGGUCAGCAACGCCUCUGUUAUGAACCUGCUAAUCAUCAGCUUUGACCGAUACUUCUGUGUGACCAAACCCCUCAGUUACCCCACACGCAGAACCACCAAGAUGGCAGGACUCAUGAUCGCCUCUGCCUGGAUCCUGUCCUUCAUCCUGUGGGCUCCUGCAAUCUUGUUCUGGCAGUUCAUUGUAGGAGAACGGACCGUGGAACCAGGUGAAUGUUACAUCCAGUUCCUUUCCAACCCCGCUGUGACUUUCGGCACAGCUAUCGCUGCAUUCUACCUGCCGGUGGUCAUCAUGACUGUGCUGUAUGUGCACAUCUCUCUGGCCAGUCGCAGCCGUGUGUCCAAGCAGAAGCCCGAGGCCAAAAAUGAGAAGAAAAGCCCGAAGUCCAGCGGUCUGCUCAAGACUCACCUCUUAAAGCAGAAUAACAACAACCAGUCUCCUCCUAAGCCCAGCUUAGAUACCUGUUCUACUGUAGACACCAUGAAGAAUGGGAAGCUAGAUGAGCCUGUGGUGUCCACCAAAGCUGAAUCUUGUGUGCAGCCAGAGGAGAAAGAGAGCUCAAACGACUCCAGCACUGCCAUCAUAGCACAUAAAGAGCUCAAAGAAAGAGCUAACAGUGAAGCCACAUCAGAGGGUGGCUUGGCAUCUGCGGCAGCAGCUGUGCCUAAGAUCAACCCUCAAUCCAAAUGGUCCAAGAUCAAGAUUGUCACCAAACAGGCAGGAGAUGAGUGCAUCACAGCCAUUGAGAUCGUCCCACCAAACAGUACCGGCGAGAGGCGGUCCAUUCCUGUGAACCGCCCGCGCAAGGUGGCACGGAAGUUUGCCAGCAUUGCUCGCAGCCAAGUGAAGAGGAAAAGGCAGAUGGCGGCGCGAGAGAAGAAAGUAACAAAGACGAUCUUUGCGAUCCUGCUGGCCUUCAUUAUCACAUGGACGCCGUACAACGUAAUGGUGUUAAUCAGUACGUUCUGCCAGUCUUGUGUUCCGGACACAGUUUGGGCCAUCGGCUACUGGCUCUGCUACGUCAACAGUACUAUCAACCCUGCUUGCUAUGCGCUCUGUAAUGCAACCUUCAAAAAGACCUUCAAAAACCUUCUCAUGUGCCAGUAUAAGAACAUUGGCACUAGAUGAGCAUAGGGCAGAGGCAGCCAAAGGUGUCUGGAGAUGUGUGCAUGAUUUGGAGGGUGCAAAGGCUGUCCCAGCCUUUGCCCCCCUUGAACCUAAGAAAGUACUGUGCAGUAUAUUGUGAGGCUUCAUAAUCCCAUAAUGUUAAAACUGUGUGCUGCACACUAACCAAAAGAAUAAUUGUUUACAGAAGGAUGGUGGGGUUGUAACAAGAGACAAAAGAUGAGAUCAUGAAACAAAUCAAGUAAUUGCUGCACUUUCAAGAUCUUUGGAACGCUACACUGCAAUGACAUGAAUAACAGACCAAUCAAUGUUCCUAGACAGCAUUAGUUUAGAGAGAUAAUCACACCUCAUCAUCAUUCUCAACAGUGGAAAGAGUGAUUUGUAGUAAAGAGUUAAGUGUAAAUCAGUAGAGACAUAAGGAAAAAUGCUAUGAACAUGAUGAAUUAAGGGAUUGCAUUCAUACCCCUAGUACAUCAUAAAUGGUAAAAAUCAAGUCCUUUCGGUUAGCAUUAUCCGCAUUAACAGUGCACUGUUUCUGACACUGACCUCAGAUUCCCUGUAAACACAGAGACAGAGAUGAAUCUAAAACAUUAUGGUUGUGAUUGGGGAACAUAUCACAGUCAUUCAAAGACAUAAUGAAUUAUGGAAAAACUUCUUGUCUCACCUUCCCUGAAGUUUUUUUUUUCCUAUAUCUGAACCGUAUACAUAAAAAGCAUAAUGAAGUAAGGUUUGCUGAUGGACCACAACAGCUGUGUCGUCCAUCGCAUUCAUAACAAGACAAAUUCUGGGCAUGUGGUUGAGUCUUGGAGAAGUUAGUCUUAUCUUUAUCCUUUUAGUUUGAUCUUCUUAAGCUUCUGGAAAAGGUUGAAAUUUAAAAGGAUCUCCUCAAUGGAUUAAGAUAUGCAUAAUGGACUUUAAAUGGGAUAAGACACUUUGGACUGAGCUAUGAGAAAUAUUGUUGUAAAGUUUUGACCUCACAGAGGUUUGUAAAUAUGUUUAGUAUACAUAAUGAAUAUAUGCUCUUGAAAGUAUUGUUUCUUCCCUGCAUUUAAUGUCUGGAUGUUUGUAUUACUCUUGUAUUUAGUUGGUGAUUUUCAUGUGAUUUUACAAAUUAAAUUUUAAAUGUAUUGCUGUCUGUUAGCAAAACUGUUGAAAUCAUUUAUAAUUUGUGAUAUACUUGGGGAAAAGUAAGAGAUGACUUGUACAUUUAUUUAAACUAUUUAUAAGAUUUUCAAUUUCAAGCAUUUCAUUUAAAAUGGUGCAUAUAUAGUAGGAAUGUCAGCAAAUUUGAGAAAUGGAAAAUUGGUUUUAUUCCCACAUCUAAAACAAAUUCUUCAUUCAACAAAUAUUCACUUCAUAGUAUUGUUUGCUCAUAGUGCAAUAUAGUUUUUUCAAAAUGUGUGCUUACUUUGUAUUUAAAUAUAAAGUUUUUAAUUGAUGAAACAGAAUGAUUAAACCUGAGGGAAUUAUAUGAAGAUAUUGUGUCAGAAUUAGCACAAAGGGGCUUGUGUUGUUACGUUACUAACAAGCUGCCAGUUUCAGUAAUUAUUGACUGUACUUAAAUCAAAUAAGUCAUAAUGCUCUUGUCUGUUAUUAGGCCUGGCCUGAUAGUGAGAUUAUUCAUUCAUCAGUAAAAGAACAUUUGCAUCAUUUUAAGAUGCAUAGACUUGCCUGUCUUUGGUUUGGUUUUAUGUUUCUACCUCAUAAUCACAUUUUCUUUUAGAGUCUGCAUCUCUAAACCAGCCCUGAAUCUCUUUUAAACAAGUGGUAAAGACAGACUAAGUGACUCUUAUGCCAUUGCAAAGAAUCUAAAAACAGAUUUCCAUUUUUCCAAAUUCAUGUUUAAAAUGUGCCAAUUGCUUCUGGUCUUUUUCUUUUGGAGAUGAUACAUUGAUUGAUGAAGUAAGGCUGUUCACACCAGCUAAAUUCUUCAACAUUUAUACUAAAGACAUGUUUUUAUUACAUGAAGACUCACCAAACUGAGAUACAAAUGAUCUAAGAAGGCAUCCAUUAUUGUUAUUUCUAGUGGAAUUAAAUGAACAAGUGGUUUGAUCUAAAGCAAUGGGAGGAAUUGCAUCUCUCAAAAUAUUAUUAAAAAAUGUCUCUAUAAUGUCAACUCUUUGUUUGAACAUCCUGAGGAAAUUCAAUCAUGCAAGCAGAUCUAUUUCAAAAAAUUGCCCUUCUGUACAUCUGAAAAUAGCAAAGGCCUAUCUUUAGCACUUGACAAAUGCAGCAAAAUGACUUUGCUCAUUACACUCUAUUUCAUCUGUUUUUUUUUUUUUAAAUCAGGGAGGAUACAAUUUUAUUUCUAAUGUCUACACAAUGUUCCAUGGGAUUCAUGGAGAUAUCUCCUGUAUAACAGUACCAGCUUAAGGGGAAGAAUAAACCUGUUAUCCCAGAUGAGAUGAUGGAAUGAAAACAUUGUAAUAAUGGACUAAUCUGCUGCCCUUAUUUAGCCAAUGUACAUAAGAGUGUAUGGUUCUUUUUUCUAUUGCAUAAAGCUUAAUAAAGACCUUAAGCCCACUGACAAUAAUGGAAGAACAAUGAUUACACAGUGCACUUUCAUUAUGCAAAUGCACUCUGUCAGCUGACAGAAAGUGACAUUUCAAAAGCGCGAUAAGUUACUGCUAGCUUUAACGUGAAAGCAAACUUACUACAACAUUUAUAUCUCAAAUAAUGUACAUAUUUACACAUAUUGUGUUGAUGGUAAAGCAUUCAACUCAUAGUAGCAAGGUGUUAUUAGUUGUCAAAUUCAUCCAAAAUUGGGGGGGGGGGUCAUUAAAAAACAAAUAUUCGAUCGUCAUUUACUCACCCUCAAGCCAUCCCACAUGUGUAUGACUUUCUUUUUUUCUGCAGAAAUUUUUAGAAGAAUAUUUCAGCUCUGUAGGUCCUCACAAUGCAAGUGACAAGUGAAUGGGAAUUUAUAGAAAAACAUGACUUAAAUAUGGAUCUGUUUCUCACUCACACCUAUAAUAUCACUUCAGAAGAUAUAGAUUUAACCACUGUCUUAUGGAUAACAUUUAUGCUGCCUUUAUGUGCAUUUUGGAGCUUCCAAAUUUUGGUCACCAUAUACUUGCAUUGUAUGGACCUACAGAGCUGAAAUAUUCUUCUAAAAAUCUUAAUUUGUGUUCAGCAGAAGACAGAGGAUCAGGUUCAGUACAGGAUCUCGGUUGUGUCUAGAAAGUAAACACCAGGAUGAUAAAAAUCUCACGAGAGUCGCACGCAAUGUAUACACACUGUGUUAUUAUGUUUAUUAAGAGUCACAUGGAAACCAUACACCUGCCCCAAACCCUAGUAACAGCAAAUGCGACUCUAGCGAGACCUUGGCAUCCUGAUGGUCACCUUCUAGACACAGCCCAGGACCACGACCAGGCAACUCCGCCAAUUCUGCUACGCAGGGCAUGCCGCGACCGCAUGAAGUGUCCAACAUUACAAACUCUGUUAUUGUUUGAAGAAGUACAUUAUCUGGCUACUC